AUCAAGACAAUCAAUCGUUGGUACAUGUCAGCCAUCAAUCUGUUGAAAGAGUUGCUAAAAGCAUCCGAAAAGGCUGCUAACAUUGCACGUGUAUGUCGGCGAAAUCAACGCCUGUUCAGUUUACUGGUGCAGGAAAAAGAAAAGGAUGAAUCGAACUCACGAUUCGAUCACGAUUUUAAAACGCUCGCUGACUGCCUCAUUCAGGAGAUGAUAAAAUACGAUAUCGGAAAGCAGUUUCCAGAAUUACGUGACAACAUCCGAGGGGAAGAAAAUGCAAAAUUUACCAACACUGCGGGUGAGUCUGUAAUAGUGUCGGUGACGGACGAUCCGGAAAACACCAUCCAAGUGCUGGAAAAGAUUCUUAACGGCGAUAAAGAGGCCGCUUCAGCCCUCGUGGACGAGGUUUAUCGUGAUGUCGAUCUGGACACAGAGGAAUUAGAAAUACCUACCGACGCAAUACCGUUAGACAACGACUGGUCUGAGUUGGGAAUUUGGAUCGAUCCGAUCGACGGUACGGCCGAGUACAUAAAGGGCGAAGAAAAAUUAACCAAAUUCUCAAAUAUCGCUUCAUCGGGCCUAAAAUGCUGCACGGUACUAAUAGGUGUGUACGAAACCAGCCAGGGCACUCCAAUCCUUGGCGUAAUCAAUCAACCAUUUGCGGACAAAGCAAGCGAACAAGAUGAGUUUCAAGGGAAAUAUAGCGGCAAAAUCUAUUGGGGUUUGUCGAUAGGCGACCUAAAAUUCAACAAUAUAGCGCCACAUGAACCGGAUGCACGUAUUGCUAUUCUUUCUCCGUCCGAGCAGUCAAAGUACGUUGAUUUCAUACGAAAUCAAUUGAAAUAUGACGUUAUCUAUUCGUCCGGUGCAGGAUAUAAGAUACUAAAGAUAGCCACGGGAGAGGCAGAACUGUUUCUCUUAAGCAAAGGCACUACUUACAAGUGGGAUACGUGUGCACCCCAAGCAAUUCUUCGUUCGAUGAACGGUGACUUGUUCAACCUUCAAGACACACUCAUUAAUAAAUCCGUAAAGAAAAUUUCUUACCAAGAUCGCAAAGUAACCCGUAAUCUGGGCGGACUUAUUGCCUAUCAGAACAUCGAUAAACUGCGAGAAUUUCUUAAACUGUAA